AUGGCGAGCACGGCGGCCAGCUCCAGUGCAGGCACUGUUCAUUGUCUUCCUCUGGUUGAUUGUCCCAAAUGCAAGGUCAAGGUCGUUAGACGCAAGAGCCAGGCUGGCAACUUGUAUUACAAGUGCCCCAACAAUUUUCGGAACGAUGAUACUUGUGGGGAGUACUGGUUCGAGAACGAGUACCUGGAGUAUUUACGCAAAAAUCAUCUAGCCCUGCUUGAGGGUGUCGAAGUGGAUGGUGUGCAGCCUGCAGCUGUUGCCCCUACUGUUCUUGGUGCUCCUGCUGUUGAAGGGACAGAACAAAAUAGUGGCAGAUUGCUAGAGAUGCUGGACAUUAAGGUUCAGAUAGCUGACUUGAAGGCUGACAUUGCCAACUUGAAGCUGGAGAUCAAAAAUUUGAAGAACGGAGGAUUGAGCAAGCCUUUUGUCGUUAGCUAUGCAUUAGUUGCUAUGGUGAUGCUGAACAUAUUUGUAACUAUUUUAGUUGCAGCAAUUUGGAAGUGA